GAUUAUUGAUUUCACAUUUCUUUUCAAACUGAAAGCCGGCCAUUUUGUUCAUAGUGCACUCAAAAACAAGACGCGAUGACGGACAAGUAUGAUUCAAAUGGUGAUUAUUAUGGAGAUAAUUUCAAAAGAGACAAGAAUUCUAAAGGAGACACAGAUAUGGCCGGGGAAAGUGAAGAAAGCGCUUUAGCAAGCCAAAAAGCGAGUGAAUACGUUAGGGAAUUACUAGCGGAAAAGCUAGCAUUGGAUCAAGUAAAUUCACCCAAUGCUGCUAGGUUGAUCGAACAGGAGGUUGCAAAGGUUCAGCAAAUAGGAAAGGCUCCUCUGAAGGAAAACAAAUAUGUAGAUAUCUACAGAGAGAAACCGAUAAAGGUGACCGUAAAAGUCCUGGUACCUGUGAGGGAACAUCCUAAGUUCAACUUUGUUGGAAAACUUUUGGGACCGAAAGGAAAUUCGAUGAAACGCCUACAAGAAGAAACCAUGUGCAAAAUGGCUGUUCUUGGAAGAGGCUCCAUGAAAGAUCGGCAGAAAGAGGACGAACUGAGAAAUUCGUUAGACCCAAAAUACAGCCAUUUGACUGACGAUCUUCACGUUGAAAUUUCUGCUCUGGGACCACCAGCUGAGGCUCAUGCGCGUGUUGCUUAUGCUUUAGCUGAAGUAAGGAAGUACCUCAUUCCUGACAACAACGAUAUUAUUAGACAAGAGCAAAUGCGGGAAAUGGAAAUUAUGACUGGAGAUGGUCAUGGAGGCCAUGGUGGACCCCAUGGAGGUCACGGAGGACAUGGUGGCGGCCAUGUUGGAGAGAGACCACGUAGACCACCUCAGGGCAUGAUGAGAUCUGCCAUCCCUCGACCCCCACCUGUGAUGCGGACGGCCACGAGGGCCCCCGUCGUCACGCCGAGGGUCAUGCCAGCCAAAACUAAAAUAAUGUCUAUUCUUGAUCGCGCUCGCGUAGCCAUGGAAGAGAGCUACGGCUACGAGGAGGAGCAGUAUGAGGCGCCAGCAGCAGCACCUUACGACUACUCUCACAACUCGAGGCCAUACUCUUCCAACCAGUACGACGAUUACGAGCCCGACUACUACAGGGGGAACAGUUCGAAUUACGAACCACCAACACCAUCUAGGACUUGGAAGGCCCCUUAUAAAUCCGCAGCACCUCCAUUAGGUCGACAUAUGGAGAGCUCCCGUUAUAGAUCUUCUCCCUAUACACGACCCUCAAAGUAAAUUGGGGAAAAUUUAUAUUGUAUUCAAUCAAGUUGUAUUUUUCCUUCUUUCAUUGGUUUUUUGCGUAGAAAGUCUCUACAGUAAAAGAAAUCUGAAAUGAUUUACUUCAAUUUUUUUUCUAUUAUUAUCAAAAUUGUAUAAAAACACUUUUUAAAGUCAUAAAAUUUAGAAACUAUGACUCCCGUCAAUGACGCAGAGAAACGUACUUCUUAAAUCAUUAACAAUUCACACAAAAAAUUCAAAUCAUUUUAAACGAAAUGAAACUCGAUACCUCCAAAAACACAGUUUUUGAAUAUGUAAAAAGAAUUGGAACAUAUAAUUUGAAUAUUUAGUGGAUUAAUAAAAUAACACAUACAGAUCAGGUGGCAAUAAAACAAGUAAUUUCUUGUUAAAAUGUAAUUUAUUAAAAUCUAAUCUCUGCAAUGAGAGUUUGAAGACUACCAAGAAGUCUUGAAAAACUUGACGUUUUUGAAUAAAAUGACGUAGAGAGUGUUUAUAAACAAUUCAAUGUUGAAAAUUAGAUUGUUAAUUAAUGUAAAAUGAGUUAUUCUAUACAAUAAAUAAGGAUUUAAUGUAAUCUGUAUUUUAAAACAAACCAUCCCUAAUAGAAUAGCUCUAAAUAUAUCUUAAAUGUGUUUUUAAUUUGAAUUACUUGACAAUUUAAAAAUAUGUAACAUGUAGAAGCAUCAAAUAAAGUGUGUGUAAUAGUCGA